CAUAUGAAGGAGAAAACCCUUUGCCAAUGCCAGCCACUUCUGUUAUUUCCACUCUAUCGAGAACUCUAUCAAUGGCUGCUCCAACUACAAUUGAGAAGAAGAAGAAGGUUAGUAGUAACUAUAUACCUGAUGACCUUUCCUUUUCUAUUCUCUCUAAGCUCCCUGUUAAAUCUCUUAAACGUUUUUCUUGCGUUAGUAAAUCGUGGUCUCUUUUAAUUCAAAACCCUAAUUUCAUGAAUUUCUUUCGUAACAAUCUCUUAUCCAAAUCUCAUGCGCACUACCGUGAUUCCGGUCUUGUUUUAAACCAGUUUAUGGGUCCAUAUGAUUGGAACAUUUAUUUGAUUUCUGGAGAUAAGUUUGAGAAUAAAGUGAAAUUGGAUUUGCCACCUAUAUUUCAAAUUCCAAACAUUGGUGUUACUCCUAUUCGUGUUCUUGGUUCUGCUAUUAAUGGCAUUCUUUGUAUCUAUGGCCGUUGUCAAGGAGCUCAUGCAACAACUUUUUUAUUAUGGAACCCUUUUACUGAGGAAAAAAUUGUGAUUCCUCCUAGUCAUGCUGAGUUUAAACCUGAGUUUACCACUUAUAUUUUUCCGCAUGGAUUUGGCUAUGACGAUGUUGGAGAUGACUAUAAAAUCAUUCAACAUGUGGAUUAUACUACGGCUAAUGAAAAUCCCUUGGAAGAUUUGGAAGAUGUCAUGAUUCCCGACCCUUUCUGGGAGAUAUAUAGUUUAAAAAGUAACUCAUGGAGAAAAAUUGAUUUUGAUAUGCCAAUUAUUUCCUGGAUUUUUAAUAGUAUUGUAUACUUCGAUGGAGUGUGUCAUUGGUUGGGGGAAACAAAUAUGGUGGUGUCAUUUCAGUUGUGCAAUGAGGUGUACUUUAUUACACCUUGUCCUUUAGAAGAAGAUACACAUGAUAAAGAAUUUGAAGUUAAUCUGACAGUGUUAAACGAGUCUGUUGCGAUUAUUACUAAUUGUAAAAAUACUACGUCCUUCCAAGUGUUAAUUUUGGGUGAAUUUGGUGUUGAAGAAUCAUGGAUUAGACUUUUCGAUGUUGAACUCAUGUCCUGCAUUGAGCAACCUAUUGGAGCAGGGAAGAAUGGAAAUAUAUUCUUUAUAAAAGAAGAUGGUGAGCUAGCUUGUUUUGAUUUAGCUACUGGGUUGAUUGAGGAUAUUGGUAUCCAGGGAGAAAAUAAUUGGUGUCAAAUUGCAAUUUACAAGAAAAACCUUCGUUUGAUCGGAGACAUAUACAUGUAAUUUAUUUUUCAGCCAAUGCGUGAAGUUUUCAUACUCGAGGUUUAUGAGUCUUGUUUUUAUAUGCAAAUCGGCUUGUCAAUUGUCAAUAUUAUAUGUAUUAUUAUGUAUAUGAGAUGUCAGAUACAUGGUUUUGGAUACAUGGUUUUAGAUACAAGUUUUCACUCUUAAAGAAAUAAAAGUUUGCUGUUAGAUAGA